GGAGUGCUCAGCCACUUGCACGUUAAUUUCACGAGCAGGCUGUUCCGUUCAUCAACUGGAACCCUCGUCGUCGUAAGCGACGGAGUGCCAACAACAACAACAUAUUUGAUAAGUAUUACUCACGAAAUAUCAGACCCUUGAGUUACUUUUAUUGUGUUAUAUCUAAAAGAAUAGGAAAAACACAUACACUCACAUAUACAUACAUACAUACAUACACACAUAUACACAAGCAAAUAGAGAGAAACACACACAAACGGAGAGACAAAGAGGAAAAUACAGAGAAGUGAAAAAGUGAGAGAAAGACUCACGCAUAAGAGAGAGAAAGAGGAAUACAAGGACGUGUGUGUGAGAGAGAGAGAGAGAGAGAGAGAGAGAGAGAAAUAGUUAAGUACAAGAGAGAGGAGAGAAAGAGGGAGGGAGAGAGAGAAAUAGUUAAGUACAAAAGAGAGGGAGAGAGAGAAGACGUAUGAAAGUAGUGCUGAUCAGCUGCAGUAAUAAAGUAAACAAGAGAAGCACUACAAGCACAUCUGCAAAAGCUGGAUGCCCUGGAUGACUAUGAUAAAUAAUAGUGGACUGAGAACUGAUCCCUGGUGGACUCCUACUUAAUGGCUUCUAUUCCAAACCAGAGAAUUAAACAGAUGACAGAUGACCAUCUCUUCCAUAUUGGGAUAAAUGUCCCUAAAGAUGAUGUCUCUAAAUUAUUUGGAGAUGUUAAGUUUGUCUGUAUGGGUGGCUCAGCAAAGAGGAUGGCUGCCUUUGCUCGUCUUAUGGAAGAACGACUUACUGCAGAAGGCAAGGAACCUUACAACUAUGCUCAGAGUACUGAUCGUUACGUAUUCUACAAGGUCGGGCAAGUCCUCUUUGUUAAUCAUGGCAUUGGAAUUCCGUCUUUGUCUACUGUGUUGCAAGAAAUUGGUAAACUCUUGUUUCAUGCAGGUUGUUCUGAUGUCACAUUCUUCCGUCUUGGCACCAGUGGUGGACUUGGCUUAGAUCCUGGAACUGUUAUUAUUUCUGAAAAAGUUGUGAACUGGGAGCUGCAACAACAAUGGAAUCUUCCAGUUCUAGGAAAAAUGGUUCAUAAUCCAGCUGUACCAAGCAAAGAAAUUUAUUCCAAAUUGAAAGCUAUUGCUGAUAGUCUGUCUUUACCAAAUUGUUUGGGAACUACAAUGUGUUGUGAUGACUUCUAUGAAGGUCAAGGUCGUCUUGAUGGACCAUUUUCUAGCUUUUCUGAUAAAGACAGAGUUGCAUAUCUUCAACAUCUACAGGAUAAGGGUGUGACCAAUAUGGAAAUGGAGUCCGUUGGUUUUGUAGCUUUGUGUAAUAAAAUGAAUAUUCCAUGUGCUGUGAUAUGUGUAACAGUAGUUGACCGACUUAAGGGUGACCAAAUAACUGCUGACCAUGAUCAUAUUUUACAGUGGGAAAAAAGACCAAUACAAAUAUUUUUUGAAUACAUGAAAAGACACCAUUUGGAAUAAAUAAAAUGGCACAAGUUA